UCUUAGCUGACGUGGCCUGUUCUCAAGUUUUAAUUGGCUGGAGAAUUCAAGAGGAUGAAACAUAGAAAUCCUCUUUGACUAAAAUAUUUUAAACCACACAAGAGAAGGAGGAGGCAAUGGCGGUGUUAUCCACCAUCUACUCCAUCACCAGAGCUUCAACGCCUACUAUGGCGUCUCUAACUAAUGACUCACCGUCUCCACUUCCUUCUUCUUCACCGUCGAAGCUUCCCUCUCCUACUUCUCCGUCAAAGAAACCGUUAAAACUAAGACAAGUGAGCAAACAAAUGGGAAGUCAAAACCAGCAACGACGAGGCAACAAGCCUUCGAUAGCACAGAUUGAGAGAGCUUUUGGCUCUGGAUCAUAUCGUGAUUCCGAAGGGGAAAUGGAUAUGAAUACGGUAUUCGAUGAGCUUCUAUUAGGCCAUGCUAAUAAAUUCGAAAGUAAGAUCGAGAAGAAGCUACGGGAGAUUGGCGAAAUCUUUGUAGCUCGAACAGAGCCUAAGCUUCGUUCCUCGGGGAAACCAGUUUUGAUGUUUACAAUUCAAUGGAUUCUUCCAAUAUGGAUUAUGUCACUGCUCGUAGCUUGUGGAGUUAUCAAACUCCCUUUUAGCAUCCCUUUCCUUGAUGACUUGAUCAUGUGAUUCUUCUACACAGUUAAUACACAUGUACUCUUACCAUAUUUCGUUAAUAAUACUUUUAGUGUAUUAGUGUAAUACCAUACCUCAAACAAACUCAUCACAGAUAAGUCUCUAGGGAAAGAAUGCUUGUUAUUGGUGAGAUAUACUUUUCAGCUCACGGUGCACUCGAUAUGGAAGGAACGGAAUGGUCGUCGACAUGGAGAAGUACCUAUUCAUAUCUCCCAGUUAACUCGCGAACUCGACAAGCAAACCCGAAACAGAAUCUUUUCUAUUCGAGAGCUAGGUGAUAGAAGAUAUGAAGAUUCUAUGGCAAUCUGGUUUGGUUCAAAAUAAUCUAGACAUCUUCUUAAUUCUUGCUCAAACACAAGCUGCACUUGAUGUAAAACAGUUUUUUUUUUCCGAAUGAUUUUACAUAAUAUUCCAAAAAAAAAGUAAUAUACCAUACCUUACCUAUAUAAAAAUCAGUGGCCAAUUUACGUAGUUAGUGUUAGGUGGCCAAACAAUUCUGAAUUCUCACUCUCAACAUCUGUAUUUUUUUUAAUAUCUAAAA